AUGAGCUUUUUCAAAAAGCCCUCGUGGGCAAUCAAGAAUACCGGGGCAACCAGCACUGAUUUCUAUCGACGCUCAGAACAAACGUACUCUGAUAUCAUUGCUGCGAACCGUGAAGCACACCAAAAGCCGAAAUCACCGGAAAUCCCAGAACAUACCAAAGAUACCGAAGAUCCAAAACAAAAAAAGCGGCGUCGACUUUCUAGUGAAACGGGGAAAGGGCGCGGUGAUAGCAGUCUGGUGCGGGAUGUCACCCGUGAGGUUGAUAGCGAUAAAAUUGUGUUACCAGAGCCACAAGACCUCUCGGCUUCUUCGCAUAAUUCCUCACCCGAGUCAGUCAAGUCAGUCAAACAACGCGAGACAACCAAAGGUGACAGCCCAGAAAACAACUUGUCCCAGUCACCACAGAAAGUCAGUGGUCCGGAGCCACUAGGUGCUCUACCUGUUCGACCUGUGAUUGUCCUAACGGAUGACUCGGAAACUCGAAGCCCUCAACCUGUCCAACCUCCUCAGCCUGUUCAACCGGUGGAAGUUCCAGCGGAUGACCCGGUCGUCCAGAUCCUGAUCACAUCUGAAAUUACGAACACCAAACCAUUGCUCGUCAGUCGAAAAAUGUCACAGCGGCUAAGGGAUGUGCGGUUGGCAUGGUGCAAUCGCCAAAGUUUUGAACCCCAUAUACAGGCAUCCAUCUACCUGACCUGGAAGGGCCGACGUCUAUUCGACGUGACAACUUGCAGAAGUCUAGGCAUAAAACCCGGGAAGAACUCUGCCGCGAUCCCUGGCAUUGAUGAUGAUUCCUGUGCAGACCAGAAAGAGCUGCGCAUACAUAUGGAAGCGGUUACCGAUUUACCUCUUCCAGUCAAUCAGCAAAUUACCUCGCCUCAUAAUGACACGCCCCCUACAGAGUCGCAAUCCCCACGACCAGAAGACGAUCAGAGUGAGCCAAUGAAACUUAUUCUGAGGAAUCCUGGAUACGACGAUUUCAGAAUCAAAGCAAGACAAAAAACCCUCAUCUCCCGACUCAUAUCUGCUUUUCGAGAUAAACAGAAUAUAUCUGUGGACCAUGAUAUCUUCCUCCUAUUUGAUGGAGAUAAACUCGACCCUGAUUCAUGUCUUGGCGACUAUGACAUUGAUGACCUAGAUCUGGUGGAUGUCCAGAUCAAAUAA